UCACGAGCGACUGUGAAUCCAUGGACAAAUGCAAGCUGCCCAACCCCUUCAUUUUCUGCACAAAGCUCCUCCCGUCGGCGAUGGGUGCAUCCCUCCUAGGGAGGAUGGCGACGGGCGUGGCGGCGGCGGCGUAUGUGCUGAUGGCGCUGAUGGUGGCGAUGGUUGCAGCGGCGGUGGUGGGCGUGGGGCUGGUGAGGUGGUGGGCGGAAGAGCCGCUUUAUGUGAAAGAGAGUGUGCAGUUUGAUUAUAGUGAUGCUCAUCCCACCGCCCUCUUGACGUUCGGGAACGGCCCGGCCGUGCCGCCGGGCCACACCGUUUACGUCUCCUUGUCUCUCUUGAUGCCCGAUUCCGAUUAUAACAGAGAUGUUGGCAUAUUUCAGUUGAGUGCUGAAUUGAUAUCGGGGCAAGGAAACGUAAUCGCGAGAUCGAGUCAUCCGAGCAUGCUGCGAUUCAGGAGUUGGCCGAUCAGGUACGCGCGCACGUUCCUGAUGGGAGUGCCGUUGGUAUUAGGGAUGACGAGCGAGACGCAGAGGGUAACCUUUCCUGUGUUGAAACACAAAGAAGCUGCUUAUCCUCGUACGGAGGACAUCCGCCUAACGUUAAUCCCUCGGGCCGGGACCUCGUCCCUACCGCAGUUCUACGAUGCGGAGGUUGUGGUCCACUCCAGGCCUCCUUGGCUCAAAGAGGUGGUGCAUCGCUGGAGAUUGACCUUCUGUGUUUGGACAAGCUUGUACGUUUUCGUGAUCCUCGUCGUGUUCCUCGUCUUGCUCCUGAAGCCCCUGAUUUUCCCCGUCACGGUGGCGAAGCGUGGAGAGGAGGAGGAGUCUCGAGAGGCGGCAGCAAUGGAGAAGAGAGAGGUGUCUGAGUCUCUAGAGAGAUGGCAAACAAGGAGAAGUAAAAGGAAGGCUGCCCUUCUUGAAGCUUCUAGCAUCACUCUUGGUACCUGCAGCCUCCAAGAAGGCACUGGAGAUUCUGAAUCUGUUUCUUCCUAAUUAACCAAUACAGAUCAUAUAUAUAUAUAUACUUGUGCUUCACACAUCAAUCAUAUGUUAUAUUCAACUAAUAAAUAUAUAGUCCUUGAUUGAUUCCCCA